AAGCAAUAGCAAGUGGUAGAGUAAUUUGUGAAUGUGAAUAAUGAAAGCUUCUGACUGAAUUGUUUUACAGUGAUUAAAGAUGAUUUACUUUUGCGCUAUUUCUGGUUGCACCAAUAAUUCUAAUACUGGUGUAACGUUAAGAAAUUUUCCUAGCAUUACAAGUCCCGAGUUUAAGGAAUGGAUUAAAGCUACAAAAAACAAAUCUCUAGAGAAUCUCACCCCUGAGUACAUCAAGAGGUCAAAGAGAGUGUGCAAUAUCCAUUUUUCCAAGAGCUAUCAACAGAAGUCUGCAUUUCGAGUUCAAGAGAUGCAAAUACCUACAGAAAAUUUGCCUUCAGAUGGUCAAGAUGUAGUAAGAAAGAGAAAAUUCCCUGACGAACAAAGUAAACCAGAAGAAUUUUCCAAUAAAAUUGAAGGCACAAAACAGUUGGAGAACAUUAACAUUGAACAAAAGAAAGGUGAUGUUCAAAAGGAUGAAGUUGUUCACGGGCUGAAACAAUUUUUAAAUUUUAAAAAUAAUAUCAAAACUGAAAAUAAUUAUAAAACACAGAAGGUUGAAGUUCCACAUCCGAAAACAUAUUUAGGCAAAUUGUGCCCAAAGAAAGUAAAGUUAGAGGUAAAUAGAAUGGUUGUAAAAAUACCUGAAAAUGCAUGGAAAUCAAAUGCUUGUGUUAAUAUAACGAAUUUUGAAAACAAAACUAAGUCGAUUAAAGCAGUUGAUUCCCAAAAGAAACGUUUGAAUGAAAUGGAAAAUGUUUCUGUUACAUUUAAACCUGAAAAUAGAAGAGAAUUUAAUGAGAUAAAAAUAAUUAAUGGGCAAUAUGACUUUGAAUUAGGUCAAACGCAAGUUAUUGAUAAUAACUCUGUCAAACCGAAAUCGUAUGUAAACGAUGGAUUAAUACUUUUCAAAGUACCGAAGAAAAAGAAGGCGCCUGAAGUGAGCACAACAAUGGUCGUGGAUGAAACGAUUGUCACAAAUCAAAAAGAUUUAAAUUGUCGAGUAAAUGAAACCAAUUCUGACGAAGUAAAUAAAAUGAACGAGUAUGUGAUGAAGAAGAUCCUAGUAAACAAAAUGAACAUGCAACAUAAUAAAAAUGAAUUAGACAAAUUAUAUUGCAAACCGUUUGAACAAAGGCAAACGCUUAAUCAAGUCCGUCUGAUGAAUAUAGAAAAGGAAAAAUUGAAACUUAAAAAACAGAGGCAGCUACAAAGACAAGUGUAUUAUCUGAAGAAGAGAGUAGACCAAUAUAAAGAACAGCUUAAAGAGUUUCAGCAAUUUCAGAAGCUGGACGGUUUCGUGCAGCGCUUCUUUAAAACGCAAUUGAACAAUGCCGGUCACAAGAAUAAAGGACAAACCUAUACGUUGGAGGACAAGAUGUUUGCAUACAGCAUUUACAGUCGCAGUCGGAUUUGUUACAAGUAUCUAGCGGGCAUUUUCUGUCUGCCGUCUACGCCGACUAUAGACAGAUUUUAUCGAGAGGUGCAAAACAAUGCACAGUUAAAUGCGAUCAACGAUUUGAAAAGAAACGACUAUCUUUCACAAAAUUGUAAUACAGAAGUAGCAACUGUGCUACUCUGAACUUGUUAAUUUUUUAAGUACAUAAAUCAUAAUUUAUCAACGUUAUGAGAAACGAAAGCAAUUAUAUAUGGAUUUCUGUUGCAUUUGAACGAUUUCCAUAUUUGAAAUGAGUUCAAGUUCUGCUAACAUUGUUUUUGAAGGAGAAUUCAUAGGGAUUCAACAACUAGUUGAACAAGAUAUUUACAAAAAUAAUGGAGAUAUCAUCAGUGGUCCAGAUGAAUCAAACCAUGGUACAAAUGAAAGCUCGAAUUCUCUCUGAAGUGAAUUAAUUUAAUAAUUCAACAUUGAAUUUGAGUUUUGAGUUGCAUUUCAUAUGAAAAAAAAUACAUCUUGA